GACUUGGAGAUCCAACAAGCUCUCACACAGCUAAACAGUGCUAGCUAAUCUUAAAUCUAUCCGAACCUUCGAUCGACAUGGCUGAUCAGGUGAAGCUAUUCGGAACAUGGUGUAGUCCAUUUAGUACAAGAGUUAUAUGGGCUCUGAAGCUGAAAGGGAUUCCAUAUGAUUACACUGAAGAACACCUUCCCUACAAGAAAAGUGAUCAACUUCUUAAGUACAACCCAGUUCACAAGAAGAUCCCAGUUCUUGUUCAUGGAGAUAAGCCGAUUUGCGAGUCCAUGGUCAUCAUCGAAUAUCUAGAAGAAACAUGGAGCCAGAACCCUUUGCUGCCCAGUGACCCUUAUGAGAGAGCCAUGGCCAGGUUCUGGGUUAAGUUUGCUGAAGAUACGGCUCCUGCUGUUUGGAUGGUCUUUCGAACUACAGGCGAGGAGCAAGAGAAGGCCAAGAAAGAGACCCUAGAGUUGCUGAGAACCAUUGAAGAGCACGCAGGUCUUGAUAAGAAGAGAUUCUUUGGAGGAGAUAGCAUUGGAAUCGUGGACAUAGCAUUUGGAUAUAUUGCUCGAUGGUAUGGGGUCAUUGAAGAAUUGGUCGGGGUGCAGCUGCUAGAACCCCAUGCCUUUCCUCACGUUCAUGCAUGGACUAACAGCUUCAAAGAUGUGCCUGUAAUCAAAGAAAACCUUCCUGAUCAUGACAGGAUGGUUGCCUUUUUUAAGACAAUCAGGGAAAGCUUGCUGGCUUCUUCCUGAUCAACACCUUGCCACUCGCAAUGUGUUUCCUGAACGUAGGGAUUGAUGGAACAAAUACCGAACCCUGAAAUCAACCCGAAUAGCGAUCAUUAAUUUGUUACAUUUUUAGUCACUUCUUCUUAAUAAUUUUGUGUUUGGCCUGAAAGUUUU